UUCCACCUUCGGCCUGUAAUAUAAUUGCUUUUGGAUCUAACUUCAUUUCGGAUUUGGUUUUUGAACAAGUGAUUAACAUUGACAUCAGCCAUGGUAUAUAUCUAUCUGCUAGCAGUCUGCUUUAUAUUUUUAAUUAUUACUUUCAUAUGGAUCAGAUAUAAUUAUUCAUAUUGGCAAAGAUAUGAAAUACCAUAUAUUAAAUCUAUACCUUUCAUUGGUAAUUUAAAAGAUUUGUUUCUAAUGAAGUACUCAUUUGGAGAUUUUUUUCAAAAUUUAUAUUACAGAGGGAGUAGUAAAUUAUUAGGUAUAUAUAUAUUGCAUAAACCUGCUUUGUUAAUACGUGAUCCAUAUAUAAUUGAAUUGAUUUUAAUUAAAAAAUUUAACUAUUUUUUAAAUCGAUUUGAAGCAGCUGAUCCAUAUAAUGAUUUACUAGGCUCUCUUACAUUACCACUAGCAAAAUAUUCAAUUUGGCAUGAUAGUCGUAAAGCAAUAUCAGCACUUUUUACUAGUGGGACUCUAAAGAAUAGAAUGUUUCCAAUUAUUUUGCAAGUAGCUACAAAACUACAAACAUAUAUAGAUCUUCAAUUUCAAAACCAUACCAUCUCACCAAUAAUUGAGGUGAAAGAAAUGUCAGCAAAAUUUACAACUGAUCUAACUGUGAAGCUGUUGUUUAGUGUUGAAGAAUUUAGUCUUCAAAAUAACAACUCAAAAUUUCGCACUCAAUGUCGAAAAGUACUUGAGCCCAGUCUUAUAAAGAUUUUACAUUUUCUUAUAAUAUUUUUCUUACCAAAUCAUGCUAAUAUAUUUAGAGCAAAAGUAUUUCCACAGAGUUACGUCAACUUUUUGAAAAACGAAGUAGAUAAAAUGAUGAAGAAUACAAUUCAUUUGAAUAACGAGUGUAAUGAUUUAAUAGCUGUACUUCUACAGUUACAAAGUGAAGCCAAAAAUAUCAAUCACAGUUUAAUAAAACAUCCAGAUUUCAUACUAUCGCAAGUUGCAAUAUUUUUAAUAGCUGGUUUCGAAACGUCUUCUUCGUUAAUUGCUUUCACUCUAUACGAAAUGGCUAAACAACCUAAGUUACAGUAUAAUUUACGCUGUGAGAUUAAAGAGAUAUUUUCCAUUAUAAAUACUUCACAAUUUACCCAUGAAACUUUAUCGAGUAUGACUUAUCUGGACAUGUUGGUUUCUGAAGCUUUACGUAUGUACCCUGCAGCUGCUUUUAUAAAUCGGGAAUGUACUCCUAAUGGAAACGAUGUUGGAUUUUCAUUAGAACCGUUUGUCAACUUUGACAUACCGAAGGGUAUGCCUGCAUAUAUUUCAAUACUUGGUUUACAUCGAGACUCAAAGUAUUGGAAAGAUCCAGAUCGAUUCGAUCCCGAUCGGUUUUGCUCAGAAAGAAAAAAAUUAAUUCAUCCAAUGACAUAUAUUCCCUUCGGUGCUGGUCCCCAUGCCUGUGUCGGUAGUCGUCUGGGUAUUUUACAAAUUAAACUUGGUUUAGUUCAUAUAUUUAAGAGUUUUACUGUCGAAAUCUGUGAGAAAACAACUUCAAAAAUAAAAUUUGAUCCGAAGUCGUUUAUGUUGCAGUCAAAGGGAGGAAUUUAUCUCAAAUUUCGAAAGCAAAAGUUAUUGAGUAACACAUAAUAGAUAAAUUAAAAGUUUUGUUUAAUAUAUACUUAAUUUUA